AUGGAGAAUGGCGGAAACAUGAAGAACGUGGUCCAUGAGAGAGAGGAGAGUUCCUUCUCCAUCCAGGGAACAAAUACGUAUGCAGCAACGAGCUCAGGGCUGGGCAGCGUGGGGCGCGAGAGAUGGAGCCUUGCGGAGGACACCGAUUUUCGGGAUAAAGAACCCGAUCUGCAGGAAAAUGGGGGCCGAGUGAUGUCAAGGGAUGGACACGUAGGGGCCCCCAGCGCGUUCCGGGAGGCCGCCUAUGCCCCGCGUGGCUUCCCGCAGCGACUGUCCCCGCUCUCGGCCGCCUACCACCACCACCACCCACAGCAGCAGCAGCAGCAGCAACAACAACAGCAACCGCUGCAGCAACAGCCUCCACCUCCUCCCCGGGUGGCGGGCCCGGCCUCCGGGGCGCGGGGGGUCCCCAACCCUCACCACAGCGGCUCGGCCCCAGCCCCCUCCAGCAAGGACCUCAAAUUUGGAAUUGACCGCAUUUUGUCUGCAGAAUUUGACCCGAAAGUCAAAGAAGGCAACACGCUGAGAGAUCUCACGUCCCUGCUGACGGGCGGGCGGCCCGCGGGGUUGCACCUCCCGGGCCUGCAGCCCUCGGCCGGCCAGCUCUUCGCAUCUCUAGACCCUAUUAACGAGGCUUCUGCCAUCCUCAGCCCCUUAAGCUCCAACCCGAGGAAUUCAGUCCAGCAUCAGUUUCAAGACACGUUCCCAGGUCCCUAUGCCGUGCUCACCAAGGACACGAUGCCCCAGACCUACAAGAGGAAGCGCUCAUGGUCACGGGCCGUCUUCUCCAACCUGCAGAGGAAAGGCCUGGAGAAGAGGUUUGAGAUUCAGAAGUACGUGACCAAGCCCGACCGGAAGCAGCUGGCGGCGAUGCUGGGCCUCACGGAUGCUCAGGUAAGCCAGCUUUGGACCGGAUGCAGUCAGUCCAUCCCGGUCCCCCGGACCCCUCCACCCCAGCCGCUCUCCUGCAGCGGAAACACGGAGACUUUGUGGACUCCCGACGUGAGGCAGGAGAGAGGAGAGUGGAGGAGAAGGACGGAAGGCACAGCCUGUCUCCAAAGAUGCGUGUCAACAAGCAGCGCCUGUUUAUUUUGGCCGGCGGGCAACAGAACCGCUGAGAAAGCAAACAGGCUGUGGGAGAUAAUAAUUACGGACCCGACUCCACAGCAAUUCGCUGUAGGAAGCAGUUUAUUUCAGAAGAGAUAGAAAUCCCAAAGCAAGGGAUUGUUGUUGGCUUUUUUUUUUUUCUUCUCUUCCUUCCAUCCUCCCCGCCCCCCUCCUUCUGCUGCUGCAGGAUUGUGAAAUCCCCAGUUGUGAGGAAGUGAAAACAUCAUUUCAAACGGAAUUACUUCGCCCUGGUCGGGCCAGAAGUCCGCCUGGAGCGGCCACAGUCCGAUUUUCUUAACGGCAUAAGCUCCGAAGAAAAAUCUCAGGUGGGGGGAGUGAGGGAGAGAAGGAAAACAGGUUUCUUAGAAUGCUUCCGAGCCUGGCAGCUGGCUCUGGGCUCUGCCUACUUGACUACUUUUCAAGAAAAUAACAAAUCUAUCAUGCCUGCCUUCAAUGUCCGAAUUCUUUCCCCACCCCCCCCACCCCCAAAUUCAAGAACUGGACUUUUUUUUUCUUUUUUGAGUUUUGAAACUAGAAGAGUCACCCUUCUGCCACACCCCUGGGUACUGAAUAUUCUGAGCAGGCAUAAGCCAACGGCAGGCACUUUUUAAAAAUGGUGCCUUUUGGUGCCCCCCCCCACCCCAACUCUGGGUCUCUCUGUCCGCCAUUGCACAACUCCCCUCCCCAGCACACACACACACUGGAAGGGCCCAGCCGUUUUCCACCAGCUGUGGAUGUUAUUUUUAAAAGGGAAGCUGGAACGUGUGUGAACGCAUUGGGUCCCCCAGGGGAUCGUCUGUAUUUAUAUAGAUUCUCCGCCCCAUCCCUACCCCUUUCUCCACUGUGCACAGGUUUGAUUCCAGAGUUUUCUGAGCUCACUGUGGGAUUACUUUUUCCUGGGCAGGGGCUGGGGGCACUCGUGCCAAGGAACUGCUCUUCCCUGGAAGGUCCAGCGGUACCCCCACUUCUGGAAUCAACUCUUUGAACCCCCCUU